UACCAUUUUUAACCACCGUGGCGCUAGAAGCAACUGAGCAAGUGUCAACAUUGAAUGACAAAACGCUAGGUAAAUUCCUCCAGUAGGCAAAAUUCGGUUUGCUGUUGACGUGCAUGGGUAAAUGCACUGCCUUCACAGAUGCUGUGUGUGUUGAGUGUGUAGGUGCCACAUACUCCAACGGAUCCUUCACAUCCCGCAGACCACACACACGGCCAAUCACAGAGCGUGGCUGCAAUCACCUGUCUGUCAUCAGUGCUCAGUUGAUGGCCAAGCACGCAGCACUCACAGCAUGAGGGACGAGGACAAACCUCAGCGUCCUAAAACGGCUCUUGUGAGCGGAGGCACGAGCAGGAGUCGUACCAUUCGGCCACUACUGAGGCAGACCUGCUGGGCUCCCCAUGUCCCCUCCACUCCUCACCAGACUGGGGAGGGCCCAAGGCACAGCGCUGCGUUUGGCAGGUGUCUGAUUCCUCCCCACAAGGUGGGUGUCUCAAGACUGACCCAAACAUCACCCAAUGACCCAGACACGCGUCAGGUUGGGGCCAGUGAGGAUAAGGAGUGGAAAACCCCAUGGUACGUCACUCUCCUUAAGGAAAAGGAGCAGUCUCUGCUGGUGCUGGCUAAUGAGAUCAGUCGGCUGUCCGAGGUGGAGAGUGAGAGUGUGAGGAAGGACAGUGAGCUAAGUGCCCUGCGGGAGAGGCUGCAGGACGAGACCCAGCAGUUAAGACGCACCCACGAGAAUGUGGUUCGAGCCCAGGUGUGGUGGAGAUGCAUAUUUCAGACCAUUGCAGAGCUGAUCCUGGACCUGACAGAGGAGGUCAGGCGGCUGCAAAGCACAGACAAGGAGCUGCAGCAGAAGAACCAGCUGGUUGCUGACCUGCAACAGGAAGUGACAUGCCUGCGGGAGGGGUCGCUCUCGCAAAAGGACCAACAUGCAUCUGGCAUACACCAGGAAGACGCCCUGCAUCUACAACAGGAAGUGACCUGCAGGAGGGAGGAUCCAUCAGAGUUGGAGGAGCCCUCCACUGACGAAGCUACUGCAUUAAUGGAGAUGGAGACUAAUCAAGAGCCGCACCAGUCAGAAGUGAUCUACAGUGCGGGGGAGGAACCCAGUGAGACGAGAGACGAGCUUGCAAACGCAGAAAACAAUCUCAUCGCAGCCCUGGAGAGAGCCAAUCAGACGCUGGAGAAGGAGCUGGAGGAGGCCAGGACCAAUCACAAGAUGUCCUCUGGCACUCUCUGUUCUAUGCACAGAAUCCUGUCUGUGAAGGAACACGAGCUCCUCACUGUUAAGACAGAGCUGCAGGACAUGAAGAAGAAGUUAAAAGACCGGAUGACACAGUUACAGACCAUGUCCCGCAAGUUUUCCUGUCUGCGGGAUGGAAAGAUGAGAGAUGAGCUGAUGAUGACCUUGGAGAAGGAGAACUACUCCCUGCGGCACCUGGUGGUGCGGCUGCAGGAGAGGUUGUCCCAGAGGGAGCAGAACGAGCUGAGGAUGUGUAAGCAGGUGUGUGAGCUGGAGGAGGAGGUGCGGGCAGAGAAGCUGCAGAGGAGCAGGCUGAGAAAGGAGGCGCAGGUGCACGAGCAGCUCGCCAGGGAGCUGCAGCUUAGCAUCAACUCCUCACAGGUGUCUCUGGAGCAGUUGCAGUCAAAGUAUGAGCGGCUGCGUGUGAAAGUAAUCCAGGCCGUCUACUCAGCUCCUGGCACCAAACCCCCUCAGAAAGAGAUCAGCGAUGCAGCCAUAUACUACACCAUGCAGAAAAUCAUUGAUGACCGGUCCAGAUUCCACCAGCGGCUGGUACAGAGAGGAGACAAGGUUCCCAGUCUGGCCAUCAGCGAUGCUGCAGCCAAGCUCCAACGUCCUCGGAUUAUGAACCCCAAUUUAUGUCUAUUUUGUGAGCAAGACGAGAACCUGAAAUAAACCGUGAAAGA